UUGAAUUUGCUCAGAUUCAACACAUCGCUUCUUCUUUCAAGAUUCAUUCUUUCUCAUACCUCAAAGAAUUCAUGACAGAAGCGGAAAAUUAGGAAAUGGGUUGUAUAAAGAUUGAAUUUUGAAGGUGCUUAUGUAGCUGCAGCGCCUUGAAACAAAUGGCUACUUUAGGAAUAUCCAACACAGAUUUGGAAUGCGACGGAGACAAGGAGGGCAGCGUUUGCUUCUCCGACGCCGUGGAGGGUGGUUCUUGCAACUCGCAAUUCUACGACGAUUGCAGCUUCGCCUGUGGGUCGGAGAUUUUGGAAGAUGGGGAUUUGGAAUAUUUGGAUUUAGAGAGCGGGGAGAAAGCGGCGCAGGAGGUGAUUGAGAGAGAUUGCCGGAUUUGUCAUUUAGGUUUGGUGAGCAGUAGCCCUAGCUCUGGGAUUGCCAUUCAAUUGGGGUGCUCGUGUAAGGAUGAUUUAGCUGCUGCUCACAGGCAUUGUGCUGAAACAUGGUUCAAAAUCAAAGGAAACAAGACUUGUGAAAUUUGCAACUCGGUGGCGUGCAACGUUGUUGGUCCUACUGAUAUAGAGGCUGUUCAACAAGUGAGUGAAAGCCACGCAGAUGGUGCAGCUACUGCCACAUCCUUAGCUCCCACCCCCUUCACUCUAGAAACCCGAACUUGCUUAAAUGGUCAUCGCUUCUUAAAUUUUCUUCUCGCUUGUAUGGUGUUUGCCUUUGUCAUUUCUUGGCUUUUCCAUUUCAACAUCCCGUCGUAAGAUGGUGGGAAACCUGUAAAGACAGAAACCGGAUUGCAAAUGCCAAAGUUAUAAGUUGAUAGGAAUUGAAGUAGUCAUUCUGCUGCA